AUGCCGAUCUGUGCUGGAUGCCACAAAAAUUUACUUAAGAAAGAAUUUAUGACAUGUUCAUCUUGUAAAUCGAAAUAUGAUAUUCAGUGUGUUAACAUGUCUUCUGAACAAUAUGACCAAAUGAGUUUACAACUUAGGAAUAGUUGGAAGUGUCCCAAAUGUAGCAGUAAACAACCAAAAAUGGGCAAUAUUAAUACACCUAUUCGCUCUGGUCUUACUAAUGCUAGUUGCGGUAACAACUUCAAUAAUGAAACAUCAUUUGUUACUACGCGUAAAAUACAAAGCAAAUCUCCGCUGGCAUCCGAAAGUGGAAUGCAGAAUUAUAUUACCGAGGAAGGGUUCCGCUAUAUACUCAAACAAGAACUUACUGCAACCAUUAAAGACUUAGUCAGUGCACAGUUGAAUAACAUUAAUGAACAGAUAGCAGAGUUUUGCGAGUCACUUUCUUUUAUAAAUAAACAAUACGAAGAGAUUAAAAACAUCAUAGACGAGAAAACUACAAUUAUUGAACAGUUAAAGAAAGACAAUGAUCAUUUAAAAGACACUGUUAAAGAUCUUGCCACUCGUUUAAAUGUAGUAGAAUUACAUAUGAGAGAGUGUAACAUAGAAAUUAAUGAAUCUUGGCUGAAUUCAAACAUUUCUAACAGCGAAUGGAUUGAUGAUCGCUACAUUGUCUACCGUAAAGAUAGAGUAUGUUCAACAGAAUCUAAGAAGGAUGGGGGAGGAGUAAUGAUUGCUGUGUCACGAGAUUAUUCUUCGUUUCAUAUCACUAGUUUUGACAAUGAUAACUUAGAAGCUAUUUGGGUAGGGCUUGAGGUUGAGACUCAUGGAGUAACUAAAAAACUUGCAAUCUGUGUUGUGUAUUUCCCCCCACCUGUUAAAUUGGAUUCUUUAAAACGCUUGUUUGAUAGUGUCGAUUUAAUCUUGGAAGAGAUUAUUGUUAUAGGAAGUUCCGAGAAGCUCGUCGCUGGUGGAGAAGCGGGUCGCGUCAUCUCAGGGGAUUCGUUUGAGACGAGACGACGCGAGCUGAAUUAUGAUGAGACGGAUAGCUCACCUCUAUCACGAACAUUAAAUAUAAUAUAUUGA